CCAUUUCCAUAUCUCUCUUCUUUCUCUGCAAUUUUUCCUUAACCUCACUUUCAUCGUCUUCUUCUGAUCUUUCGGCCAUUUACACAUAUAUACACGUCAUAUUCCCAACAAUAACCCCACAAAAAUGUGCCCCUCAAAGGCCAACAAAGUCACCCUAGGCUUAGAACCAGCGGCCGCCACGGCGGCCAAACUCAAUGGCCGGCCGGUGCUUCAGCCGACGUGCAACCGAGUUCCAACCCUAGAGAGAAAAGCCUCAAUCAAGAGAGUGCCACCAAAGUCACUUUCUGUAAGCAGCAAGACCAUGACGACGACGAUGACGAGGAGCUCAUUGAUAACACCUCCGGUUUCUCCGAAGUUAAAGUCUCCGAGGCCUCCUGCUAUCAAGAGAGGCAACAAUGACAGCAAUAAUAGCUUGAACUCAAGCUCUGAGAAAGUGGUGACUCCAAGAAGCUCCGUGAAAAGUGGUGUUUCUCAUCAUCAUCGUCCCAGUUUGGAGAGGAAGAAGUCAAAGAGUUUCAAGGAGGGUUCUCUGGAGGCUUCGCUGAGUUAUUGUUCGUCGCUCAUCACGGAGUCUCCUGGAAGUAUUGCUGCUGUCAGGAGGGAACAGAUGGCUCUUCAACAGCAACAAAGAAAGAUGAGGAUUGCUCAUUAUGGAAGAUCCAAGUCUGCCAACUUCGAACGACUUUCUGUUGCGGAUAAUCCCUCUUCUUCUUCAAAUGAGGAGGAGAAGAGAUGCAGCUUCAUCACAGCCAAUUCUGAUCCUAUUUACGUUGCUUAUCAUGAUGAAGAAUGGGGAGUUCCAGUUCAUGAUGACAAAAUGUUGUUCGAACUUCUUGUUCUAAGCGGCGCUCAGGUUGGAUCUGAUUGGACCUCAAUCUUAAAGAGACGCCAUGAUUUCAGGAAGGCGUUUUCUGAAUUUGAUGCAGAAACUGUGGCGAACUUGAGUGAUAAGCAGAUGAUGUCUAUUAGCUCUGAAUAUGGCAUUGAUAUCAGCAGAGUCCGCGGCGUUGUUGAUAAUGCUAACCGAAUUUUAGAGAUUAACAAGGAGUUUGGUUCAUUGGACAAAUACAUAUGGGGGUUUGUGAACCAUAAACCUAUCUCCACUCAGUACAAGUUUGGUCACAAAAUCCCAGUGAAGACCUCAAAAUCUGAGAGCAUCAGUAAAGACAUGGUGCGGAGGGGAUUCCGGUUCGUUGGUCCGACUGUGGUUCAUUCGUUCAUGCAAGCCGUCGGGCUCACGAACGACCACCUCAUCACUUGCCACAGGCACUUGCAAUGCACCCUCCUGACAGCGGCUAGCCCCAUCUGUACCACCACCGAGACCUCCCCACAGUGAUGACUACCAUCCUCAAGAAAACAAGAAGAUUGAUGACCCAGAAAAGCUCAACAUAUAUAUAAAUGCAACUAUAUAGUCUGCUAACUAUAGUACUCGAUAAUUCAGUAAUUGUUGUGUAUAACAAAUAUAUAUUAGGCAAAAGAUGUGUUUUUCUUUUCUAUAUAGCUUAGGUGGUGAAUUAUGUUUGAGAGUGAAGAAUCUUGGCUUGAUUUGAUAGAAUAUGAGCUUCUUGCAUUGUAUAACUAAGAAAAAUUGAAAUAGCAUAUGUUUAAUAAUUUUACUGUGAUGUAUCUGGAGAGGGACAGAGAGUAAUUAAGAGACUGUAUGAAAUUGAAAUAGAGUGAUUAUAUAUGCAUUGAAUGA